AUGAUUUCGCUGCAUAACAUUGGCAAUUUGAUAGAAUCUGUAGCUCCUUGUUUGGUAGCUUUUCAAGACAACAGCUACGAUGCAGCUGGGAAUUGGUUCGACUAUUACGCCAGCCGAGACGACACCAAUAUGCCCCGCAGACCAGACCACGUGAUCACGCGCACCCGCAACGACAGUCGCCACAAUGACGACAGAAGCGACAGCAGUAGUUCACUCUCCCCUCUGCCCCCUAUUGAUUACAACCCAUUCCCAUCCAUCAUGCACAGGAGAAAAUCGAACGAAAGAAUCAGGGACUUGAGAAGUGCCUCGGAUGACGCCGACGCCUCACUGCACAACUACAGCCUAAGGAGGGAUUCGCAUAGUCACCGGAAAAGAUCACGUGCUUCUGAGAAGCGAAGACGCAGCAGAGAAGAUUACCCCAGUGGAGAAGACAGAAGACAGUACAGUGGAGGUGGCUAUGACAUAAGCAGGUGCAGAAGAAGGGAGAAGAAACAGGUGGUGCCGGUGGAGUUGACCAAUAGGGAGACGGACUCUGGCUUCAUGACGUGUGAUGCGGAUGUGAGGAAGCGAGUGAGUGAGUGGCAGAGGCGCAAUGAGAGGUACAAGAGAAGCACUCUGUUGGCAUGCGGCACGAACAGAGAGAGAUUGAGUGUCUCUCCAGUGAGUAGUGAGAGUGAGAGUGAAGUGUCUCUCUAUAAACACGAUGGACUGCCCAGGGGAGACCCCAAACACGUACCCAGAGCAGGGAGCUACUUCGAGCAUGACGACAGGUCUUUCCGCAGAUAUAAACUCAGAAAGAGAUACAGAUCCCCAUACCCCCAAAGACAGAGGAGAGACGGGUGGAACACGAACAGACGAUGGCACCACUAUAACCGAAUGUCCCCCUCAACACACUACAGACGCUCGAACUUCUGGGAUCCGUAUCCACAUCCCAAAAAUCAGUUCCAUAACAGCAACAACAAGAGAAGAUACAACAACUAUCAAUAUCCCAACUAUAAUUAUCACCAUGAAUCCAGGUACCCUAUUAGGGCCAUACAAGGGAGCAGGGACAUGGCCAUGGGCAGGGGUGGAUGGGGGAUGUACAGCGGGCGUCCGAAAAGGAGGCGGGAGGUAUUCAGACCCACCCAUCGCAACAACGGGGGAGUGGUGAUCAGGAUGAAGAGGAGGAGACAGAGACAGAGGGUUCCGAGGAGAUACAUGCAGCGAUACGACAACCAUUAUGAGAAGUGGAUGCAUGACAAGUAUGACAGCUACGAGUCCAUCAGUUCGGACAGUCUCAGCGAGUCAGAGGACGACCAAGAAGAAGAUUAUGACGAUAGCGGGGAAGACAACGAGCACGAGGGUGCAUUCGGGGGUCAACUGGCGAAGAGGAGGCUGAGGAGUCAGUGGGCUGAGCAGAGGGGGACUAGUGAACACCCCUCAUUCCAGUAUCAGGAUCGCCGGAACAUAGAAGGGGAGGAGUUUGAGGAGGAAGAGGGGUGA